AUCCGCCAUUUUUGUCAACACACUCUCUCAGCGCCCCCUACAACUUGUUCUAAAUCGAGAUAUUUCGAGUUCGAUUUUUUCCAAUUCGAGUUUAUUUGUGUGAUAAAGAAUGUUCGGAGGUUUUAUCUUGCUCGUAUAAGGUUAACCCUACGACAACCCCGAAGGAUGGAUGUUGACACAGCUAGUGAUAAUACAUCAAUCGACGACAAAACCGAGGAUUUCUGUGAGAACCCUACACGAGAUGCCCUGACAGAGGGGCUCAUGAGCCUGCUGAAGCCCACAGUCGAUCAGCUGGACGAACGCAUUCGAGCCACCAGAAUAAGUCAGAUAGAGCUGAAGCAACAGAUCGAGUCAUUGACAGAGGAGCUCGUGAAGAUCUCUGAGUACCUCCAGUGUCCCUUCGAGCUCGAUAGUUACGUGAAGAAGCUGGUGAAUGCCAAGCAACGAGUGACAGUGGUCAGUAACAUCCUCCAAACCACCCAAGAACGAUUGAACAAGGUACACGACGCAGUGGAAAAGGACACAGCAAAGAGAAAAGCUCUGUUGGAUCACAGUCCUAUGUACACCACUUCUCGAAGCUCUCAAGACCUUCCAGAGGCUGAAGAAACUACUCAACCUGGACCUUCAGAAACCGAUCCAGCAGAGUAA